AUGUCCUCGUCGUCCUCCUCCACCACUUCGACGCUAACCGCGGCGGAGCUGGCGGAGUGGUCGCAGUCCCUCCAGCCGGUGGUGUUGGGCCUCAGUGUCACCAUGCUGGUGCUUGGCAAUCUGGGCGUGAUGCUGCGUAUCUGGGCCCAAUGGCGCAUCCAGAAACGCCCCAUGCAGGAGGACUAUUGGCUGGUCGUGGGUGUCCUCUUCGCCAAUGUGGUCUCCGUCGCCACCAUAGUUGCGGUGCACUAUGGACUGGGAUACCACCUCUUCCGCGUCAACUCGCAGGAUCCGUCGCUACAUGCCCUGAAGUGGAUCUUCCUGUGCGUGUGGCUCACAGCCACCUUCAACGGGCCCUCGAUGCUGGCCACCAAGAUCGCCCUGCUGCUCUACUACCGCCGGCUGUUCAUCGUGCAGCAGAUUUGGCUGCGUAUCUUCUGGUGGACGAACAUGGUAUACGUGGUGCUGUGGGCCAUCGGCUCGACCAUCUCGUACGCGCUCUCGUGCGUGCCGGCCAGCUACUACUGGGAGCGCUUCGACCCGCAGUCGACCCUCAAGGGCAGCUGCCACAACACCACCACCGCCGACGGCCUGCCGCUGAUUCUGGACCUGGUCUCCGAUGUCGCAAUCUUGGUGCUGCCCAUUGCCACCAUCGCCACCCUGCAGAUGCCACUGGCCCGCAAAACAGGGCUUAUCAUCGUGUUCUCGGUCGGAUUCCUCGCCGUCGUAUCCGCCAUCGCCCGCGUCGCCGUCCUCUACACCGCCACGAACCUGCACUCGGACUUCACCUACGCGGCCGCGCCUUUCGAGCUGCUGGACGUGAUCCAGCUCAACGUGGCCAUCGUGUGCGCGGCCGCCGUGCCCAUCGCCUCGGGCUUCCGCGUGGCUUUCAGCAAGAAGUUCCGCCGCUCCAACAAGAGCUGGACGGCCGGCGCGCCGGGCGGGAAUACCUACUACAGCCGCGCCUCGACGGCGGCGGCCGCGCGGGCCGCGCGCCGGCGGCUCGAGGACGAGGCCAGCAGCAGCACCGAGCAGCUGCAGAUGGGCCAUUUCACCACCACCAGCUGUGCCUCCAAGGACCCCGAAGACCGGGCACGGGGGGCAACGGCAGGCCUGGUGUCAGCGAAUGGGAUUCUGGUGAAGAUGGAUGUGGAUAUCCGGUAG